GUUGAGGCGAGUGGUCACUGAUUACUAAAAAUGGAUUUCAUACCCAAGGACAGGAUCCUAGAAACCAAGCCAGGUAUCUUGACGGCAAUCCGGAAACAGUACAAUUUGGAGAAACCCGGACAAAUGAAGGAGGCCAUCAAUAUCCUACACGAAUGGGUACAAAAACAAAAACAUUUUCAAAAGAAGGAUUUUAGUCAAUUUUAUUUGGAAGCCGUUAUUAUUGGUUGCAAGGGAUCCAUAGAACGUGCUAAGAUACAGAUUGACAAAAUUUGUACAAUGAGGACGUUGCUACCGCAGUUCUUUGAAGAGUGUAAUGUUAAAACCGACUUGGGAGACUUACACGAAAUUAUCUAUGCGUUAACGUUGCCAAAACUAACCGAUGAUUAUCAUAGGGUUUUCUAUGGCAAGUAUUGUAAUAAAAUAAUCAAGCCUACACAAAUUAUGGAUCACUUCAAAUACACUAUCGUUCUAACCGAAUACGUAAAAAACCAUGACUAUUUUAACGGAAUAAUUAUAAUUCUGGACUUUUCUGAAGCAAAUUUGGUAGACUUUUUGUCCAAACUGAGUGCUACUGAGUUGAGACAAGCUAUGUCUAUUAACAUAGAAGGUUAUGGAUUAAGAGUUAAAGCUAUUCAUAUUAUAAGUCCAUCAAAGGUCAUUAACACUUUGGUAGCGAUUUUGAAUCAAGUUCUAAGUUCUAAGGUAGCAGGUAAAAUCCAGGUUCACAAAAAUAUCGAAGAACUCUAUAAGCAUAUUCCAAAAGAAAUACUGCCGAAAGACUGCGGGGGAACAGAACGCUCAUUAAAAGAUUUACAAAGGGACUGGUUGGACACGCUUUCGUCAGAGGAACACUUGAACCAUAUGCGGGUAAUUAAUGCAGCUGGUACAAAUGAAGAUUUAAGACAAAAAGAAUGCUUCAAUGACCUGUAUGCAGGAAUGCCUGGCACUUUUCGGUCAUUAACUGUUGAUUAAUUGAGGUCUUGUAAGGAAAAUUAAAAGAUUCACGAGUUCCCAAAUUAUA